GCAGGUUCCCCCGAUCAACGAUGGCUAGGCCACGCCGCUACUCGCCGCUCAUCACGCCCUCCCUCGACAUGGGCGAGCUCGUCUGCAAAACGCUCGAUCACGACGCGACCGACGUGCUCAUCGACAAAUGGCUCGAGAACCGCAACGACGCGUAUUGGGAUUGGUUCGCCGCCGUGCGCGAGCGCAAACACGCCGCGAUGCACCCCAAUCAACAGAUCUUGUUGUGGCAGAAGGGAGAUUUCGUGCCCGAGAACGUGUUCUGCCGCACGGUCGAUACGGGGCGGUUGAUACCCCUGGAUAGGACCUGGACGACACAUGUAUACCACCAUCGAUCUCUCCAGGAGCGCAAACUGAGCAUGAUGCCCGUCGUGUUUACCAUGUUACCCGAACUAAUGCUAUUGAGGGGCAUGCAUGAUCACGGCAGUGAUGAUGUGUACAUUAUAGUAACCGACAUGAAGCGGCAAGAGAUGGAAGACGUUACCGCAUAUUUCCAACUUGUCUGCCAACAUACAGCCAAGUCGCAUCCUAUCAAACCAAGCGCCGAAGGAGAAAUUCUACGCGAACACAUGCGACUGACCCAUACGCUCAAUCGCCAACGCCGGACGCCCUGCUUCCCCCAGAUCGACCUCACCCUGCGCGCGAUCCUGGCCGAAAAACGUCCUCCGUUCAUCAUCCUCUUUUCGCAUCAGGCGACCUCCUACUCGCAGAUCUUCUUCACCCACCGCCUCUUCGUUCCCAGCGUCGAGAUCUUCCACGACUUCCCGAGCGGUUGCCCGAACCCGUGCUGCAACGACGAGUGCGAGAUGAUCCGUUUCCCGCGCAAGGGGCUUGACGGCGCCGCCAUCCUGCCCAUCAACCGCAGGCGCAAGCUCAAGACCGCCAAGGACGGGAGAGGCGGCCGUGGAAGAGGCGGGCGCAAGGUCCGCGCGCGCGAGAUGUGCAACUGGAUCGAUUGUACGGUCUGCUUCGACGAAACCCCCGCUAGCAGCACAGACUCGAGCGAGGGCAGCCAGAGCAGCGGCGACGGGCGCGACGCGCCGGAGACUGCGCCCGCGCGGGUCCCGGGCCGGAUAUGCAGCAAGUGCAAACUCGUCAAAUACUGCAGUCCGGAGCACCAGAAGCUCGAUUGGGACGAGCACCGGCGGGUGUGCGUCCGCCCAGCGUCGACCUAAAUUGUCUGCUCUCUCGGCGAUAACCAUUUGCGGGCGUUCAUACUAGCCCGUAUACCGAGCUUUUCUCCUAUUUCCCUUAGUCUCUAGUCAAAAUUGACUUAUACCAGGUACCUCCGACGGCUCUCACUGUUCAUCCGAAUCACUCCUGUUGUUUUUGUUGUAACACUCCCAGUGUAUACGGUCCCGAUUCGCACGCGCCUCGUACAUGUAGGACGCGUUCAUUUAUGACAUCAUUCCC